AUGUUCCCCGCGAUGUUCUACAUUCUACGUUUAGAGAGAUAGUGUUAGCUACUGAUCUCAGAUAAGGGUGACGUCAAGGGACUCCUUUCUGGACUUUUUUUUUUGCAUCAUAUUUUGACGUUGAUUUCUUUGCCUUCCAUUUAUCAGACGCUCUUAUCCAGAGCGAAAGUGGGGGGUUAAGUGCCUUGCUCAAGAGCACGUCGGCAUAUGUUUCACUUAGUCGGCUCUGGGAUUCGAACCUUUUGGUUACUGGCCCAAUGCUCUUAAACGCUAGGCUACCUUUCCUUCGUCUCCUUUCUUUCAUUCACUGAUUGUUCAAUUAACUGUUCUUGGAUCUGUGCUGUGUGUAUUUGAGCACAAAGACAACAUUAAUAUGUUAAACAUUCUCCCAUGGAAACAACACAUUUCAAUUGGUUAGAUAUUGUUUCCAGUAUAUGACCAUUUGUUUUAAUACAUGCUGCACUCUGUAACUCAUUGAUGCAGUGGGAUUUUACAGCAGCUUUAUAGUGCAACACUCCUCCCAUCUAAAGCAGAGGCCCACAUAGUAUAGCUGCUGUCUCAGCUAUACUGACUACAAUGUGUGUGUGUGUGCAUGCUUGCAAGAGUCCUUGUCUGUGUGUGUGUUUGAAAGUGGUGUAUGCUGUCUACCUGCCCUCUCCUCAGUAAGUACCAGGGCCUGUUCGUUCUAACCCUCUGCAGCAGAAGGACAGUGUGUCUUGUCAUCACGAGACAUCCAUUGCUACAGGCUGAGAGAUGAGGGUUAAUAAGCCAUUCUGGUCUGUGUGAUAGCUGCUGACUAAUCAUGCUGAUGAUGCAUUUCUACAGCUUUGCAUGAAUAAAUGGGGGACGUGUCUUUUUAAGAUUUGGAAUAGUCUAAACCUUCAGACAAAGCCCUGUGUGUGUUUCACUUUCAAAUACAAAGAUAACAGAGUAGUGUUGGACAAAUACAAAAGAUAACAGAGUAGUGUUGGACAAAUACAAAAGAUAACAGAGUAGUGUUGGACAAAUGUUUUUGUAGUUAUAUCCUCAUCACUCUGUUUGCUCAAUUAUUAAACUGACAUUCAACUGCAAUGGAAUUAAACUGUGCAUUUCCUGUGAGUGUGUGAGCAUGAAUGUAUACGUGCAUGAUGUCACAUCAAACCGCUCACUCAGUGGAGUUGGAUUCAGACUCCUCUGUGUCUCAUUAGUUGUGAGGUUAAUGUCAGAUAUUGUUUGACUAGGAGAGGAGAUGCCACUCAUGCCAGAGGGUGGGAAUAAUUUGCUUCCCUUUGACUCUGGUCAGAAUGAGAGACUCACGUAACUACACUCACAGUAAAUCUGACUUUAUAACACUGAUGUUAGAUAUGAAUCAAGACAGACUCAUAUCAAUAGAAUAUUCUAAAUGCAAGCCAAAGGGCGAAACAUGCAAUACACAAUCCCUCAUUUCUGCUGAUGAUGAAGUUGAUUUGUCCCGCCCAAAGUGAAGUAAACCAGAAGAGCUGCUCUGAGAGGUUUUAGCAUAAGCAUAGCGACUUUUUACAUUCAUAUGGCAGCCAGACAGGAAACCUGAGUGUUGCAUCAGCUGAUAUUGCAUCAAUGAGAUCCUCACUCUACGUUAAUAUGGUGGUCUAUUUAGUCCACCAGGUUCUGCACACACUUCCAUGAUGGCUGCCACACACAAGCUAUGCGCUGGUGUUCUUGGUGACGUACAGUACUAUUGCUGUAACAUGUCUGUUUUCUGCUUACCCACCAGCCACCACAGCCUCCACCUGUUAGGUUCUGUAUUUCAUUCCUGCAGGGUGAUUGGUAUAGCACACCUUGCUCUCUGGCUGUAAUUAAUAUUAGUUUAAUAUUAUGGAUGCUCUAGCAGUGAGCUACCCCGAAGGAGCAAAGCCUAACGCCUAGACUAACGUAUUGUAAUCUUUAAUAAUAAAUGGUUAAAUGAACACAUGUGGUUUCCUGUCUGAAGGUGAGUGCUGUUCAGGGUUGUAUAAAUCCAAUAAUCACGUCAUGGAAAGAAACCAGUGGUCAGUGUGGGGUCAUUUAGCUUACACUAUUACAGACACCUUAACCUUGAAGUGGACGGAAUGGACGCCAUGACAUGAGAAAUAUUUACAAGAGAUGAGGGGGGGGGCUUGAUUUUAUGAAGAGGAGGUGAGUAUAAGAGCAAGAAAGAGAGAGAGAAAAGCUUACCUUCACACAUACCACCUCAACACACUCACCACCUCAGCCACCGGCAGCAGUGUCCAGUGAUGGAGUCAGCCAUUGGUGUACUCGUGUCCCAGUUCAAGGCGUUUGCUGGAAGUGAUGGAUCCUCAGACACACUGAGCAGAGAUGAGUUCCAUAGCCUGGUCAAAACCCAACUCCCCAACUUCGUUAAGAACGCUGGUGACCCAGCUGUCAUCGACCGACUCAUGGACUCAAUUGACGAGAACAACGACGGAGAGCUCACCUUCCUGGAGUUCUGGCAGCUGAUUGGACGACUAGCAAAUCAACACGGCGGCUUUAUCCAAUAGGAUGUCUCCAUGUCUUGUUCUGUUACUACCAUAUAAUUACAAUGAUAACUUAUUCUAAUGGUAUGGUUAUCCCCAUGUUGUGUUUCUAAAUUGUCAAGUGUUUGCUAAAGCUAUGGAGGAUUGGUCCAGCAAAAUAAAAACAUGGAUGAAUCAUACAA